AUGAAGCCUCCUCCCGCAUUGCUGACCCGCGGCCUCGCUCUUGUCCUGGCCCUCGCAUGCGCCGGCAUUGCACCGGCGAGCGGCGGCGGCGCCGGCGGCGGGCGGUGGGACGUGCUGCAGCGCAGCAUCGGCGUGUCGGCGAUGCACAUGCAGCUCCUGCACAACGACCGCGUCAUCAUCUUCGACCGCACCGACUUCGGCCCGUCCAACCUCUCCCUCCCCGACGGCCGCUGCCGCCGCAACCCCAGGGAGCGCGUGCUCCCCGUCGACUGCACCGCGCACUCCGCCGAGUACGACGUCGCGUCCAACACCUUCCGCCCGCUCUCCGUCUUCACCGACACCUGGCAGUUCAACUACGAGUUCUUCCCCAAGGCCGAUGCUUCCGACGCCUCGGCCAUCGCAUUGCCGUUCCUGGUUCAAACCAGGGACCCCGAGGAGAACAAUCUGUAUCCUUUCGUCCACCUCAACAUCGACGGCAACCUUUUCAUCUUCGCCAAGAACCGCGCCGUCCUUCUCGACUACAGGAAGAACAAGAUCGUCCGGACGUACCCCGAGCUGGCCGGCGGCGACCCCAGGAACUACCCCAGCUCGGGCUCGUCGGUGCUGCUGCCCCUGAAGCCUUCGCCCACCGAGGCCGAGGUGCUGGUCUGCGGCGGCGCGCCCGCGGGCUCCUACAACUCGACCAAGGAGAAGACCUUCUUCCCGGCGCUGGUGACGUGCGGGCGGAUCAAGAUCACGGACGCUUCGCCGGCGUGGGUGAUCGAGAGAAUGCCGUCGCCGCGGGUGAUGGGGGACAUGAUCCUGCUGCCCAACGGCGCCGAGGUGGCGAUCAUCAACGGCGCCAUGGACGGCACCGCCGGGUGGGAGGCCGCCAGCACCCCGGCGUACGCGCCCGUCAUGUACCGGCCAGACCACGCGCCCGGGGACCGGUUCGAGGAGCAGAGCGCGACCGACAUCGCGCGGCUGUACCACUCGGCGGCGAUCCUCCUCCGCGACGGCCGGGUGCUGGUCGGCGGGAGCAACCCGCACAUCUACUACAACUUCAGCAACGUGCGGUACCCGACAGAGCUCAGCCUGGAGGCCUUCUCCCCGGAGUACCUGGACAGCUCCAACGACGCCCUCCGCCCAAAGAUCACCGACCCCUCGCCCGCCGGCCCGGCGUUGUACCGUGCGUGCGUGCGUGCUUGGCGACGCCCGAUCGAGUCGGGCAGGACAGAGAGAGCGGAAGGCGAAGAAUGUGUGUGA